CCACUCAGUGCCCACCAAGCUCCAACAUGGGGGCCAGGCUUGCACUGGGCACUGCAGCUGAAGGGACGGGGAACAGAAUCAGGUAUCUAGAAUGAACUGUGCUGGGGUGGGUUUAGCACCCCGGGGCUGUGGGACCCAGGAGAGGUGCCUGGUGCCAUCUGGGUCAGGAAGACUUCCCAGAAGAGCCACCUAAGCUGCAAGACGAGGAAGGAGAACCGUUGCUCCUGGAAAGAGGGGCAGCAUUUACAAAGGUCAGAUUACCGUUACCUGGAAGACACAGGUGCCUGGAGUACAGGCUGGGUGGUAGAUAGGAGGAGAUACAGCUUCUUGUCGGUCAGGUCUCCUCUCUACCACCCCACUCCACACAGCUCUAAGACCCCCACUGAUCCCUUGGACCUCAGCCGAGUCCACUCUGUAAAGGUUCUUCCCCUCCCUUCAGGUUCCUGCUUUCCUGGCUGAGGGGGCCAUCCCAGCUCUCCCUGACCUCUCACCCCCACCCCCACCCCCACCCAUGCAUAGACUGGAGAGAGCCGUCUGGACAGCCACCUAGCCAGAACCAAAUCUUCAUUUCACAGAGAUGGAGGCCCACCCAGGGAGACUUAACAGAGCAGAACAGCUUUGAGGCAUCCUGAGGGCCAAUGCCCAUUCUUCCCCCAUAUCAGGAAAGCACUGGAACAGGGCUGGAAAGCAGAGGUGGGGGGAGUGGAGGGUACCUUCCCAGAGACUGGCACUGUGGGUUUUAUCACCAGUCUUACAGUUUCCACACACUGAGGAUCUGGUGGAGGAACCAGAGCAGGGUUGAGUCUCUGCAGAGGCUGCCUCUCCCACAACUCAGAAGUCCAGUCAGCGGGUCCAGCUCCAUCCUAUAACCCUCUGCUACUUGGGUCAGGCAGGCAGCACCACAUUUCCCUCUGACACUAUCCUGUCACCCACAGCCUGGGACAGGCCCAUGGAAGGAUGGCUCCUGCCCACAGAGGGUGGCUCCCCACACCAUCUGUCUUCCUGCUGGGGUCUCCCCGUCUCCCUUUGUCCCCGUACUAGUCUGCAUACCCAUAUGGAUGGACCCCCCAGGACCCGCCUGGGCACCUGCAUCUAUAUGGAGUUGAGGGUGUUGCUGCAAACUGGUGCCAAGGGAAGAAAUGAGCCAAAUUAUCCCAGCAGCUGCACUGGCGCCGGGGUGAACCCUGCCCCCGCCCCACCCCGGCCCAUUCGGUCGGGGGAGGUGGGGAAGGGACGGCUCAAGCCGGCUCAUCUCUCUCUAGGCCACCCCACGCACACCCACCCACCCACAGGCCGCCGAGAAACAGGCGUACAAGAAAAGAUGCAGAUAUAUUUAACAAUAAAAAAUGUUAAAAAAAAAAAAGAAAGGAAAAGAAAAGGACCCAGGCUUCAGAGGGCGGGGAGAAUCGGGGGGCGGAGAGGCUGAGCUACACCAGGCCUUCAACGCGGGCCCGCCUACAACCCCGCCCCGACGCUCGGUCCCGCCCGCCGGGCCUCUUGCCCUUCCGCGGACUUUUCGCUCCGCGCCGGCUUGGAGCCACAGUUGGGGCGGCAGGUGAAACUGCUUCUCCACUCUCGGUCGGUCUGUGCGUCCGCGCCAUCUGCUCAGGCCGGGCGGCAAGGGCGAGGAUUGGGUUACACGGGAGCCCUGAUCGGGGACUGCAGCCCGCGGGCUCGCAGGACCGACGCUGGAUGCUAAUCUCGAGUCAGCUCCCGGCCAGAUUUGGGCCUCCAAGAAUCCCACCGGGGGCCCUCGAUGGCGCUUCUCCCGCCGCCGCCCUCCCCGUUGCUGCUGCUGCUGCUACUGCUGCUGCCGGCACCGCCCGUACCUGCGGCGAACCGGGCCUGGCAGUGCGCACGCAUUCCUUACGCCGCCAGCCGAGACUUUGACGUGGAGUACACGGUGCCCUUCUUCUCAGCCGACGGCACGGUACAGGCCGUAGCGACCCACGAGGGCGACGAGGAGGGGAGUGCUGUAUUCGUGGCCACACGCAACCGCCUGCACGUGCUGGGGCCCGGCCUGCAGCUCGUCCAGAACCUGUCCACGGGCCCUACUGGGGACCCGGAUUGCCAGACGUGUGCGGCCUGUGGUCCGGGUCCCUACGGUCCCCCGGUCGACACAGACACGCAAGUGCUGGUGCUGGAGCCAGCGCUGCCUGCUCUGGUCAGCUGCGGCUCGAGUCUGCAGGGCCGCUGCUUCCUACAUGAGCUGGAGCCCCGCGGGGCGACUGUGCACCUGGCACCGCCAGCCUGCCUCUUCUCUGCCCAGGACAACCGUCCAGGGCACUGCCCCGACUGCGUGGCCAGCCCGCUGGGCACCCGCGUGACCGUGGUUGAACAAGGCCAGGCUUCCUACUUCUACGUGGCGUCCUCCCUGGACGAGGCCGUGGCUGCCAGCUUCAGCCCACGUUCCGUGUCUAUCCGGCGCCUCAAGGCCGACGCGUCGGGAUUCGCAUCAGACUUUGUGGCACUGUCAGUGCUGCCCGCGCAUCUCGCCUCCCACCGUAUCGAAUACGUGCACAGCUUCCGCGCCGGAUCCUUCGUCUAUUUCCUGACAGUGCAGCCGGUCAGCGUGGCGCCUGCGCCUGGUACCCUGCACACGCGCCUGGCACGGCUCAGCGCCACCGAGGCCGAGCUGGGCGACUACCGCGAGCUGAUCCUUGACUGUCGUUUUGCGCCUAAACGCCGGCGCCGCGGGGCCCCCGACGGCGGGCAGCCCUACCCGGUGCUGAAGGCAGCUCACACAGCUCCCGUGGGAGCUCGACUAGCCGCUGAGCUGAGCAUCACAGAGGGCCAGGACGUGCUAUUUGGGGUCUUCACUACAAACAGGGACGGCCGCCCGGGUGUGGGUCCCACCUCCAUCGUCUGUGCCUUCCCCAUCGCCCUGCUAGACAGCCUCAUCGAGCAAGGUGUGGAGCGCUGCUGCGAGCCCCCGGUCCCCCCGGGGCUGCGGCGAGGCCUUGACUUCUUCCAGCCGCCCAGCUUUUGUCCCAACCCGCCUGGCCUGGUAGCCCCCAGCCCCAACACCAGCUGCCAUCACUUCCCUCUGCUGGUCAGUAGCAGCCUCUCACGUGUGGACCUAUUCAACGGGCUACUGGGGCUGGUGCAGGUCACUGCGCUGCACGUGACACGCCUUGACAAUGUCACAGUGGCCCACAUGGGAACAGCUGAUGGACGCAUCCUACAGGUGGAGCUGGCCAGAUCUUUCAGCUACUUGCUGUAUGUGUCCAACUUCUCACUGGGCAGCAACAGGCAGCCCGUGCAGCGGGAUGUCAGUCGCCUUGGGGACCACCUGCUCUUUGCUUCUGGGAACCAGGUCUUUCAGGUACCCAUCCGGGGCCCUGGCUGCCACCAUUUCCUCACCUGUGGGCGUUGCCUACGUGCACAGCACUUCAUGGGCUGUGGCUGGUGUGGGGGCAUGUGUGGCCGGCAGAAGGAGUGCCCUGGCUCCUGGCAACAAGACCACUGCCCACCUGAGCUCACUGAGUUCUACCCCCACAGCGGGCCCUUAAGGGGCAGCACAAGGCUGAUUCUUUGUGGUUCCAACUUCUACUUGCAACCUGCUGGCAUGGUGCCUAAGGACACCCAUCAGGUCACCGUGGGCCAAAGUCCCUGCCAGCUGCUGCCCAAGGACACCUCAAGCCUCAGCCUAGUGCCCCGGAAGGACUUUAUAGAGGAGCUUCAGUGUACGCUGCAGCCCUUGGGUACUCAGGCAGCCGGGCCUGCCAACGUCAGUCUCACUGUGACCAGCAUGCCUCUGGGCAAGCACUUCCGGAUAGACGGCACUUCCAUGCUGCGAGGCUUCUCUUUCGUGGAGCCAGUGCUGACAGCCGUGCAGCCCCUGUUUGGCCCGCAGGCAGGGGGCACCUGCCUCACCCUGGAAGGCCGAGGCCUAUCUGUAGGCACUAGCCGGGCUGUGCUUGUCAACGGAACCGAGUGCCUGCUGGAAAAGGUCAGCGAGGGGCAGCUUCUAUGUACCACACCCCCCGGGGCUGCCACGGCCAGCGUUCCCCUUCGCCUGCAGGUGGGGGGUGCCGAGGUGCCUGGCUCUUGGACCUUCCACUACCGGGAAGACCCCGUUGUGCUGGGCAUCAGCCCCAACUGCGGCUACAGCGGCUCCCAUGUCACCAUCCGUGGCCAGCACCUGACUUCAGCAUGGCACCUAGUGCUAUCAUUCCAUGAUGGGCUAAGGGCAGUUGAAAACAGGUGUGAGGGGAGGCUCCCGGAGGAGUAUAGGUGCCGCCUGCCUGAAUAUGUGGUCCGAGGCUCCCAGGGGUGGAUGACAGGAAACCUGAGUGCUCGGGGGGAUGGAGCUGCUGGCUUCACCCUGCCCGGCUUUUGCUUCCUGCCUCCACCCCAUCCGCCCAGUGCCAACCUGGCCCCGCUGAAGCCCGAGGAGUAUGCCAUUAAGUUCCAAUAUAUCGGGCUGGGCGCCGUGGCUGACUGCGUGAGUGUGAACGUGACCGUGGGCGGUGAGAGCUGCCAGCAUGAGCUCCGGGGGGAGGUGGUCGUCUGCCCCCUGCCCCCCUCCCUGAAACUUGGCAAGGAUGGCGCCCCACUAAAGGUCUGCGUGGAUGGUGAGUGUCACAACUUGGGCACAGUGGUGCGGCUGGGGCCAGAGGGGCUCCCACAGGGCAUGCGCGUCGGUAUCCUGCUGGCCCUGCUCCUGCUUGUGGCUGCACUGGCCACUGCUCUGUUCUUCAACUGCUGGCGGCGGAGGAAGCAGCUAGUCCUUUCUCCCAACCUGGAUGACCUGGCAUCACUGGACCGGACCACUGGAACCAUCCCCCUGCCUCUGCUCCGCUCGGGCUCUGACUACAGAAAUGGUCUUGGACCCCCUGCCAUGGAGGGCCUGGGCUCUACCACUCAGGCCCACAGAGUGACCUCAGAAAAUGGGGAUGAGUCCUGUGUCCCACUGCUCCAGACCGAGUCCAUCCGGUUGGGAGACUUGGACUCCACGCUCCUGGCUGAGGUCAAGGAUGUGCUGCUUCCCCAUGAGCAGGUGGUCGUUCACAGUGACCAAAUCAUUGGCAAAGGCCACUUUGGAGUUGUCUAUCAUGGGGAAUACACAGACCAGGACCAGAAUCAAAUCCACUGUGCCAUCAAGUCGCUGAGCCGUAUCACAGAGGUGCAGGAGGUGGAAGCCUUCCUGCGCGAGGGGCUGCUUAUGCGUGGCCUGCACCACCCGAAUGUGCUGGCUCUCAUUGGUAUCGUACUGCCCCCUGAGGGGCUGCCCCUUGUGCUGCUGCCCUAUAUGCACCACGGAGACCUGCUCCACUUCAUCCGCUCACCCCAGCGGAACCCCACGGUGAAGGACCUCAUCAGCUUCGGCUUGCAGGUAGCCCGUGGCAUGGAAUACCUGGCAGAACAGAAGUUUGUGCACAGGGACCUGGCUGCUCGGAACUGCAUGCUGGAUGAGUCAUUCACGGUCAAGGUGGCUGACUUUGGACUAGCUCGCGACAUCCUGGACAAGGAGUACUACAGCAUCCGACAUCACCGCCACCCUCGCCUCCCUGUUAAGUGGAUGGCACUGGAGAGCCUGCAGACGUACAGGUUCACCACCAAGUCCGACGUGUGGUCAUUUGGUGUGCUGCUGUGGGAGCUGCUAACGCGGGGUGCCCCACCGUACCCCCACAUCGACCCCUUUGACCUCACCCACUUCCUGGCCCAGGGCCGGCGCCUGCCCCAGCCUGAAUAUUGCCCUGACUCCCUGUUUGCAGUGAUGCAGCACUGCUGGGCUGCAGAGCCAGUGGAGCGACCUACCUUCAGGGUGCUGGUCCAGGAAGUGGAGCAUGUGGUGGCCUCGCUGCACGGGGACCACUAUGUACAACUGCCCGUGGCCUACAUGAACCUGGGCCCUGGCACUCUGGAUGGGGCCAAAGAGCCCCUGGAACAGCCUCCAUCCCCUCAGGUGUGCAGGACAACAGCACGGCCCCGGCCCCUUUCGGAGCCCCCACGGCCCACCUGACCUCAGCCCCCUGCCUGCAAAGGAUGGACCUGCUUAGUGGCUGCAGGCUAACCCCAACCUGCCCCUGGGCCAUGCUGGACUGGAGGGAGGCUAGAGCCAGCCUCUGUCCUGUCCCUGCCACUUCACCUCCAGAGGUGAUGGGGGAUGAGCAGGGCACAUUGGUGUCUCACUUUGCACAGGGAGUGAAUGAGGACAGUCAUUCCUUCUUGCAGUGGGUAUUUAUGGAAUGUCUGCUGUGUGCCCAGACUUCUGUGUCAGGGAACUCAGUGGUGACCACACAGACACUGGCCCUUAAACCAAUAAACAAACACAUUAAUAUUCAAGUUGUGGUAAAUGCUUUGAAAGAAAAGGAUAGGAUGCUGCUUUGAGGGAUUGGAGGGCUGCUUUUAUUUAUUUAUUUUUUUAUAUUCAUUUUAUUGAGAGAUAUUCACAUACCAUGCAGUCAUACAAAACAAAUUGUACAUUUGAUUGUUCACAGUACCAUUACAUAGUUGUGCAUUCAU